GUUCCAUGCACCGUUCUGACAGUCACACACGUUCAAACCAACCUACAAUUACUCUUUUUUUUUUUGGUACAGCGGAAGGAAACUACCAUUACUCUACCCACUACUUCCUCAACUCCUCUUUUCCACCAGAAAGUAGUGCAAAAAUAAUUUGACGGAAAAAAGAAAGGUGAAAAAGAAUCUUAACAGUGAAACUUCAAGCUUGCGACUUUCUUUCUCCUUUCUUCCUCAUCUAAUUAGAUUUGCUUUAAUCUAGCAAUAGUUCCAACAAAUGAAUGUCGAAAAUUUUGGGUCCUUGUCUUGCGCUACCCCACCUCAUCAUCAUCAUCAAGCUCUUUGUACUAAGUUCCAAGUUCAAUUUUUUAUUCUAUUGUUUUCUCGUCUUCAAGAACUGGAAAAUCUUUGGAUGUAGAGAAGAUGAUUGAAAACCCAAACCCGAAAGUCAAGAUUCAAACGACCCACUUCGAUUUCUUGAAGAACUUCAAACGGUUCAAGUCUCUGGAGACCUCCUCACCCUGUGGUGUUCUGGGAUGUUUCUUCCUAAGCCUCUGCUUGUUCUGUUCUCUAUUCUUCAUAGACUACAGAACUGUCACCGGCGGGAUCCGGUUUCAUGGGCCCACCCGGUCUUUCACCACCAUGAAUGAAUCUUUCCUCCAAAAAAGGUUGAAUCCCCAACCCCAAACCAUGAAUGAAUCUUUGUUGUUGUCUGACGUGGAUCGGAAAUUAGUGGACUUUCUUCAUGAAGGUGGAAAUGGCUGUGAUAUCUUUGAGGGAAGUUGGGUGUGGGAUGAGACCUACCCUUUGUAUCAGUCACAAGAUUGCCCAUUCCUGGAUGAUGGCUUUCGUUGUACAGAUAAUGGAAGGCCUGAUUCUUUCUAUACUAAAUGGCGCUGGCAACCUAAAGAUUGCAACUUGCCCAGAUUUGAUGCAAAAAACAUGUUGGAAAUGCUGAGGAACAGGAGGGUUGCAUUUGUGGGAGACUCAAUUGGAAGAAACCAGUGGGAGUCUCUUCUUUGCCUUCUCUCUUCUGCAGUUGCUAAUAAAAGUUCAAUAUAUGAAGUCAACAGAACUCCAAUCACAAAACAUUCGGGUUUCUUGAUUUUCAAGUUUGAGGAUUUCAACUGUACAGUUGAAUAUUACAGAGCCCCAUUCCUUGUGGUGCAAAGCCGCCCACCUGCUGGUUCACCAAAAGGGGUAAAAUUGACUUUGAAGUUGGAUCAAAUGGAUUGGAGCUCUAGUAAAUGGAAAGGUGCAGAUAUUCUUGUCUUCAACACUGGUCAUUGGUGGAAUCAUGAGAAGACCAUUAGAGGUGGAACUUAUUUCCAAGAAGGUAAACAUAUUAAGAUGAAUAUGACUGUGGAAGAGGCGCUUCAUAGAUCAAUUGUGACAUUGGUUGAUUGGCUGGGGCGCGAAGUAAAUACCUCCAAGUCCCAUGUCUACUUUCGUAGCUACGCUCCUGUUCAUUUCAGAGGCGGGGACUGGAAAACUGGCGGCAGCUGUCACCAGGAAAAGCUACCCGAUCUCGGAACCUCUGAAUUGCCGGCGUCCAUGGAGUUCAACACGGUCAUCAAUGCUCUUUCACAAAAACAGGGUGUAGAGCUUCUGAAUGUGACGGGCAUGACAUGGCGGAGAAAAGACGCUCACUUAUCUUUGUAUUAUUUGGGUCCAAACGGUGGAUUGGCGCCUCUACACCGACAAGACUGCAGCCACUGGUGCCUCCCCGGUGUACCCGAUUCUUGGAACCAACUUCUUUAUGCCGUCUUUCUUAAGCGGGACCGCUCCAGUCGUUCUCAGACCAUCCCACCGGAUUCCGGCCCCUCAUAGCGUUGCUGGUUCCCGUCUGCGAUGGAAAACGGAGAGCCUAUGAUUCAUUUGGUGACAUAAUUUAGAAUUUAUUUUUUGCAUUUGUAUGCACAUUUUGUUAUAUAUCAAGGUGCCCUGAAUGUAAUAGUUACGAAAAGUAAGUUCACUUAUUAGAUAAUGUGGAUAAUUCAAUGUCAUCGAAGAUAGACAGUGGAAAUUCCUUUUUGUAAUGACAAAUUUUCUAUUUCCGUUUGAUUCAUAUAUCAUAAUAUAACGGAGAAA